AUUGCAUCCAUCAAAGACAGACCCACGCACCUCUCCCUUAUAUAACAUUACAAUUUGCCUGUUGGCUUAGCUUCACCCAACACUACCUCACGCACUUGUAGCUCUACAAUUUUCUCCAAUCAGUUCACUUUCCUUUUUCUGUUUGAUUCAGUCAUCUUUGGGGAAUUAUUUCAAUAUGGAUAUGCAGGAUUCAUCAGCAAUUUCAUGGCUCUCUGAAAUGGGCCUGGACGACCCAAUCUUCACAGACGAUUUGGACUUCAUGGACACAUUCGACGAUGAAUGGGCCGCGAUGCUUGGGCCGGACUUGGACAGCCCACCUUCUCUUUCCACCGACCCAAAAGACUCAUCCACCUCGUCAACUCUGGUCAACAUACCCAGCGCAAACUCAAUCACAUCCCUCUCUAGUUUACCCACCGACACAAACAAUAACUCCGAGCGGCCACCGCGAAAGCUGCAGAAGCCCAACGGCUUUUCGGGCUUCUCAUCAGCAACGGCCCAAGACCACCGCCCCUCUUCUACUCCCAUCAUUCUCAACUUUGGGGCCGCUAAUCUAUCUCCCAAGAGUCAUGGGCCCGCUGUUGGGCCCACAGAUGCAGCAGAUGAGGAGGCUGCCAAUAUCGGACCUGAAACUGAGAAGCAGCCCGAAGAGCCAUCCAAACGGGCCGAUAAUGCCAAGAGACGUACCGGCCGGGCCGGUAAGGGCCCGCAAACGUAUGACCAUAUUGUUGCGGAGAGAAAGAGGCGUGAGCAGCUGAGCCAGAGGUUUCUAACUCUUUCCACUAUUGUGCCGGGGCUGAAGAAGAUGGAUAAAACAUCAGUCCUUGGUGAUGCAAUCAAGUACUUAAAACACCUCCAAGAAAGAGUGCAAAUUCUAGAAGAGAAAACCACAAAGAAGAUGAUGGAAUCCGUUGUGCUCGUCCGCAAAUCACGGGCCAAUGCCGAGGAUGAUAAUUCUGACAGCCCGGGCCCGAAUGAGCUGGCAUUGCCCGAAAUCGAAGCCCGAGUUUGUGGCACCCAAAUUCUUAUUAGAAUCCACUGUGAGAAGCGUAAGGGUAUUUUGGCAAAUUUAAUUAGCCAACUAGAGAAUCUCAACCUCGCCAUUGUCAGCACCAAUAUGGGGAAAGAAUUCAGCUUGACGAUGAACGAAUUGGUGAGAGAGCUUCGUCACACUGUUGAGAAUGUUCUGUAAACGUGUUAAAGAGUGCUGGCUAAGUAUUACAAUAAAAAGGUGAUUCUCAAAUUUUUAGAGGAUAUGUAUUAUUAGUGUUUGAUGCCAAUAAGAGGAAGUCCUUGCUCUAGUUCUAUGAAAAAUUGUACAAUGUUUGUUAAUAGCUAUUUCAGUCAAUCUGGUAGAGGCAUAGAUGUAAAUAAAGUAAUAAAACUCAUGAAUUUACUAUUGGAGAUUUAUUUGUGCCAAUUUUAGGGUUUAAUUUUGACGAAUUUAGAACUCUUUAAGAAUUUUGACUUUGCGUACUGUGGAGGAUUCGCAUGGACAAUACACACUCACAUGGAAAAAAGUAAAGGAAAAUAUUUGGUGGAUAAUCCAUUUCUAUAACUAUUCUUGGAUUGGAAAAUUAAAUCAACACUUACAUCAUAAUUAAUUUGCUAUGGAAUUUUGGUUGGGAGAUGAUGAUUUUCACAACAAUUUUUCUAACGGGUAAUUGUUGUCGGGAAUUUCCAUUGAAAUUUCUAGCAGAAGUUCUGAUGUUUCCAUUGAAUAUAUUUCUGUUUCUGUUUUUUUUUUUUUUUUUU